GUUUUGUUUGUUGUUUGCGCUUGUGUGCCGUGUUUUAGUUUUAUUUCUUUACAUUUUUCGAUUAAUAAUUUGUGUAAAAAUCUGUUUCAACAAUCCCAUCUACAUAUCAGAACGAUAGUGCAAGGAUUUGACCGCGGUAGGUUCGUUUCUUUUACUAUUUACAUUUCACGAUGAGUCCGGGACGCUCGUCCGAAAUGUCGUACAUUGUGGAAUUCAACAGCCACAUACAAUCGUACUUCAUCAGCAGUACGUAUGGCAACGAAACGCUCGUUAAUCGGUGCUUGGAGCAACUGGCUGCCUCGAGUGCCGAAAGCAAAACCUUCGAUGUGUCCGUGUACGAGUGCAACAUUUUCUUCGUCAAUCUGCACAAACUCCUCAGCUACAGUAUGAAGAAGACGAACCUACUCUGGUCGGUAGUGGCGGUGCUGGAGGUGGCCGUGAGCGAUGACGAAACUCGCAUCGCUCUGGUGAACAAGUUCCGGUUCCUGCCGGUCGUUUCAAUGCUGCUGCUGGAAGUGCACUCGUCGGACCAGCAGAAGCGUGUGCUUUCCCUGCUGCACCAUCUGUCCUACGGAGCGUCCAUCGAUGGGCAGGAAAUGUUUAUCGAACGCUUAAUCCAGAAGCUGCUCACCUUGAUCGAACAAAACCACGAAAAGAAGGGACGCUGUGAGGUGGCCCAGCUGGCCCUCUCCAUCCUGGUGAACCUUUGCCACCGGGACCUCUCGACCACGUUUGUGCUGACGAGAAACACGAACGUUUCCGCCUUCUGCAAGCAGAUAAAAAAGUUUGACCUGCUCGCAUGGAAAAUGUACAUCAUACUCGAGCAGAACGACUACAUCAAGGAGAUCGAUUUGCACUAUCUGCUGCGGAUGAGCUUCGAGGAGGUACGGCUAAUGCUGGCCACGAAGAAUAGCUUCAGCUUGCGGCACGUGGUCGACUUUUUGCGCUCCGUUCGCACGCUCAGUGGAACGCGCGAAGCCGAACCGGCCAAGGCAGCGGUAACGGACGAGUACUUUCAGCGCGAUCUGAAGGAGUUUCUGCAAGAGAUGGAAAAGUAUUGGCAAACGCGAACUGAUUCUCCCGCCGGUGAGGCAGAGGGGCGGAAGAAAAAGACAAAGCAAAAGGUGGAACCGCGCAGGGACCGGACCAGCGAGGGGCUGUUUGAAAUACUCGAAUGUAUCGUCCUGCUCAAACCGGACGACAAGGAGCUGCACAGAAAGAUCUGUGAGUUUGGUCCGGCCAAGCUGAUCAAUCACGCGCGCGAUGAUUGUGCGAAAGCGAUCGAUCUGCUGCGCACGAUACUGGAGAAAAACCCAACGGAUGCUGCGUUCGCGGAAGAGUGUAAAACCGUGCUCGCUUCACUGAUGACUAUGAUCACCAACUGUGACGAUGAGCGGCUUGCAAUUGCGUUCGCGAAACUGCUCACUACAAUCGGAAAGACGUUAAACGCGGUGGACGAUCCCAUGAACGAGGUGGCGGAGCAGUUCUAUCAGCAUCUGUUCGGUGCGGUGCUGGCUCAUACGUGGGAACGUGCCACCUUCGACUAUUCACUGGCCGACGGGCCGGUUAGGGUGUAUCUGUGGGCGUUGCACACGUUUAACGAGCUGGCAAACCUCUGCCCAACGUACUGGUACGCUAAACUGACCAACUUGCUGAAACAGAAGCCGAUCCAGUUUCUCAUCGCGAAGGGGUUAAUUGGCGGCAGUGAUGUGGAGCUGCUGGAAGCUUUGCUACAAGUGGCCGCAUCGUCCGAGUUUCCUAAACAAGACGUCGCACAGAUGAUAGAUCUGCUGAAAAGCAAUUUGCCAGCGACCGGUCAGGGUCGGGUACCGCUUGCACCGGUGCCUGGGAAUGUACACAACAUACAACCACCGACGGGGUACAGCUACAUACGAGCGCUCAGCAGAGAUUUGCAGGAACGCAUCGAUCAGGCCGUGGUGCAGAUGCAGGACGCCAAGGCUGCGGGAUUGAUAAACGAUGUGGAAAAGUCGGAACUGGUGGAGUUUUACACGUACAAGAUCAACAUGCAGACCAGCUUGAUGAACGAUCUGAGAGGUAGUUUGGAUGGGACGACGGCACAGAUCACUACGCUGAUGCAUCAGAAUCAGCUGCUGAUGGCGGAGAUAGACAAAAAUCAAAAGCGAAGUCUUCCGCUCUUGCUGAAGGAGUCGGCCUUGGAAAACGAAAAUCGGCUCCUCGAGCGUGAGCUAUUGCAGAUGAAGUCGGCCGCCGCAACGUACGACAAGAAAACGAGCCAGAUGAAGCAAGAGCUGGCCGAGUAUAUUAAAAAGUACGGCGAAAAGAGUCAAAAGUGUGCCGCACUGGUAAAGGAGAUCGAACAUUUGCGUGCGCGCGACGAUAACUACGAGAAGGAAAACAAGCGGCUGCAGCAAGAGCUGGUCGCAAUGACUAAAAACCGCGAUGACGCCCGUAAGCUGCUGAAGCUCGGCGAGGAUGACCGACAACGGCUGACGGAACAGCGUGAGGCAGAGCGCAAGCAGUACGAGUGUAAGAUACGCGAGCGCGAACGUGACAUUUCCAAGCGCACCGAUCUGAUCCAGCAGCUAGAGCAGACGCUCGUACAGCGGGACAGUACGAUCGAAACGCUCGAGACGGAGGGGGCAGAUUUGCGGGAAAAGCUCAAGGAACGAGAGGCACGCAUCGCGCAGGUUGAGGCAGAGCUGAAAGAAAACGAAAAGAUUCAGCAAGCGAUCUAUAGUUUAAUGAACAAAACUAAGAAAUAGGAGACGCGCCCCUCUGUACCUGACCGGGGGCAAGGAAGAUUGUAGCAUACGGUAAGCAAUGUAACGAGUAAGAUUUAUAAAACAUAGUAAGAUUUUCAA